UUUCAAAACUCCUAUUCACCACAUAAAAAGUUGAUUACUUGUUUUUAAAACUCAGUCAACAUAUUCCUGACUAUUUACAGCUACUGGUGUGGUUUGGAGAAUUAAAAUGUUGAAUUGCUACGAGGUAUUGACUGACCGUACCACAGAGCUAUAAGCUAUACAAAGGUACAGAAUAUCCGAAAACUGAACAGAAUAGUGAAACCGUUCAAACAAAACUUCAGUGGAAGCCCUCAACUACUCGAUGUACAAUGUACACGUACACGAACUACUGUCUCGGUUUCAGCACCGUCAUGACGUACGGAGUAUUUAUUGCGUUGGACUCCUAAUCUGCCCAGUGCUUGUUUGGAUAUUGGAUGUGUUUGUCUGAGGUCAGAUCACUUGUGUCUCAGUGGGACCCAGCAACCUGCGGUAACCUGUUACACACUCCAAACAUCAUUGCGCCACGUUGUUUCUUAGCACCGGUUACAUAUACACGCAUGGAGAAGCGCGUUUUUUGUUUUUUGUUUUUUUGCAGGAGGCCUAGUGGGGGAGGGACUAAUUGUUUUUUAUGGAGGUCAUUUGUGGAUCCAGGGGGAUCGAUAGAGCUAAUGGAGGCCACUCAGCUCCCCCCAUAGUAAACAUUUCUGUUUUUGAAAAGUAAUUAGAGAAAGACAAUGAGACACUACUCGAUUUCCUUUCCUUUCAAAAAGCAUGUAUAAAGCCCCCAAAUGUCGUGUCGCCCGCCCCGAAAGGCCAUGGUUUAUACAAAAAGAAAUUUUCAAAUAAUUCGGCGCUCGAUACAAUUUCGCCCCCCCCNGAAAAUUUGGGUCUAGUGGAUACGCCUUUGAUGGGGGUUCUUAUAAAGUUACGAGUUAUGGGUUUGGGUUAUGGGUUUAUUAAUGGGCAAUGACUCCAAUUUGCACAUAUCAACAUGCACUGCUUUUCCCACCCUCUUUUUUGGAGGGGGGGGACUUUGCCUGUUUUGUUUUAUUCUUACCAACAGUUACGCUCGUAUCUUUUUAGUUACAUAAUUUUUUUAUGUAUUUGGUCAGGGGCCUUGUAUCUGUGAACUUAAUGCAGUGUUAAAUUAACGUAUCUUCUUUAACUACCAGGAUAUUUCCGCAGUCUCAUUAAGGGUCCAUUAAUGACAACAUCAUUACAUUGUUCUUGAGGUGGUGCGCUUUUGAAAUGCCUGCAGAUAAAAUUUAUAAUGGACAUGACGUCGUGCAGUUUCAUAUAUGGUCUAGGCCUAUGUACUGUAGAGUAUGCUUUGCCAUCGAUUGAGGGUUCAGAGUUCAGAUGUACAUGCAGUUCGAUACACAAACUCAAAAGCUGUGACCCCGCCUGAUCCCUCCGCACGAGCUACAUGUAUUACUAGAUUUGUUUUCAGAGUCUCCCUGCUUAUUCCAUUAUAGUACACGUACAAUACACUGCAGAACCAGCACAGUAUAGUACAUGUACCUUCAUUUGCUGAUGUCGGUUAUCAACUGUACUUCGUCCUCUCCGCCCUGCAAAACAGCACAGUGAAUGCCUAUGGUGUUCAAACAAUGACGAACGUAAAGUACUGCCUGUAGGGGCCUGCGGUAUGGUUAGAUUUCGGUUUAGUCCGGUUAUGAUUUGGGCAAACAAUCGGUCGUGACGCAGACAAGCAAACAAUUUGCUGUGACGCUGACAACCUGUCCGGAUAAGCUGGAUGCUAAACCCCUCAGACCCCCGUCUGUGUUUUAUUCCUCCAUGGUCUGUGCAUCAAGUGUUCCAACGUCGGCCUCAAAGUACGGUAGCAGUCUGGUGGUGGUCUGACGACUUCGUCUAAUUUCUCUCGUGCCUGUUAUAUAUGCUCUUUGCACUUCUUUCAAUGAAUUUUCUCUCGUGCGAUGCAAAAGCUGUGGGGUCUCACGAUAAAGUUGUACGGGACCAGGAAAGGCUGUUACAGAUUAACCCGAUGAAUUUACCGAUGUCGCAGUUGCCUUUGCCACUAGUGCAUGGAGGAGAGUAAGACUCUAGCUCCACGUCGUUCUCCAGAGCUGCACUGUACAGCCUGUUGAGUAUUUGCAGUAUUUCACGCUCGCACGGGAAGUUUUAGGCAUGUGAAAACUUUAGGAGUUUCGUUCAAAAUGGGUGCCAUCAAAGAAUUUAUCAAGGAGCACUCCCCAACCCCGGAAGUUCCCAAAAAGAGGAGGCGAGUGAGAUUAAAGAACUUCAACCCGUUCCGCAAGAGAAAAUACAAAGUGCUGAACGAGGACACUCCGGAAUCGGCUGAGCAGCAUCCCCGCAACGCGCCUCCCUUGGCUGAGGAUCAACGCAAGUCUUCAUUAGACCACGCCAGUACUAACUACUCGAAGGCCAAAAAGCAGAAACGACGGACGCCCAGGGAACUUUUCCAAGCUGCAUGUGGGAGCUUGGGGUUCGCGAAGGGCGACCCAGAUGACCCCAACCACAAUAAGAGAAACAAGGCACGCAAACACGGUUAUGAGUGUUUGGCUGAGGAAGAAAACCUAGAGGGUACAGCUGCCGAAGGUCACGUCAAAGCAGACGCAGAAUCUCUCGAUUCUCUGUCAGAAAGUGACGGCGAAGGACGCUGUGAGGAGAAAAAGGGAUCGGCAGUGUCAGCAGUCAAACGAGUUGCCAUUGCCGACGAGAUAGAAGUCAUAGAUACUGUUGAAGAGGCACCUCCACAAAAGAAAAAGAAGAAAAAGUCUGUGAAGAAGAAAAUUAAAAAGGCCGGAAUCAAAACCGCGAAAUUUAUAGGCCAAGGUGUGACCAACAUGGCAGUAACCUACCAGUACAUGAGCCCGGAGGCUGCCAUGGCACCCGUUACUAAGGAGAUCGCCAGGCUACGCGAGGAACGCUACAGGGAGAUGUGUUCCCUGGCGUAUGUCAUCACUGCGAGCGUGUGAUUUAGAAACCCAUCAUAUUGGGAAGAGGAUUUACAAGGAAAUGACGUGGUCCAAGCGUAUUUGACCAUCGAUCCCGUAUGGUUUUCGUUGGUUCCAUUUCUAGAUUGUAAAGCUUCCAUUUUUCAGUACUAGGUUUGUGAGGAAAGAGGUUUUAAUUAAUACAAAAUAGAGUACACAGCACAAACUCUUAAUAGAAAACAAUGCAGUGUUAACAAUACUUUCGUUGUGAGUUUCUUAUAGUGUGUCAAAAAAAUGUGCAACAUCACAGCUAGUGGUGCGACAUUUUGCCAAAUCAGACUCCCAGAACAAAACCAAUGAUUACAUUCUAUUUCUCUGUUUUAUAUCCUUUUUGUUUCUUUCUUGAAAGACAGCCUUGAAGACAUUUUUGUCAAAUCCACCUCCGAAAAACAAACCAAUACUGACGUUCGCUUUUAUGUUAUCUUUUUUUUGCCCCUUUUAAAAGGGCAUAAUGUAGUUGUCAGUCGUGUCCUUCAAGAAAGUCAGCUCAACCAUCAAGCAGUUUAAAAGUGACCGCGGGUGUUAUAGUUACAGAGCUUUGAUGUCAAACAUUUUAGUAUGAUCACACCUCUUUUCAACUAUGAUGUUUUUAUUUCCGUGAGUUUCCCAGUGACAUGAGCGCAUUAUCACAUUAUCUUGGUUUACAAGCACAACAGUCCAUUCGUUUUGAUGCAUAACCUCCAUUUUUAGUAUCUGUUGUGUGCAGUGCCAAAUAAUAAAAAAAAUACGAUGCUCAGUUUGUAAACGUACGACGACUGACAGAUUUCAUCGCCAAAAGUUAACAUUUACUGACAUGAUACUCAUUCAAGCUAUGCAACCUUAGUUAAUAUAACUUAAAAUAAAUUUCUACAUUUAACAUAUUUCGAGGACUUUUCAACACGUGAAUCAGGAAUUUAGAGGGUGCUGAUGUAAACACUACAAUUGAGAACCGUUUUAUGUAAAAGAAAAGUCACUUGUUAAUAAAAAACAAUCAGAACCGAUAACUGAUUUAUACUGAAAACGGGUACAAUAAGCUUGUAGCUGUUCUUUCCCUUCUUCACAUUUUUCAGAAUCAUAUUUUGUGAGUAUGGAUUGAGUGUCAUUAUUAUGUGUAUACAUGGGGUUCAUUAAAAGGAGUCUUGAUGUGGGAGUCUUGA